AUGACUUUUCUUGCUUCGAAAAAUAUUGUUCAUGGUGAUUUAGCUUGUCGAAAUAUCUUAGUAUUUAGUUAUCAUCAUACUGAUCCAGAGAAAAUUCUUGUUAAAUUAACAGUCUUCGGUUUAACACGAGCAAGUACUACAUAUCAAAGAACAAACUAUGUAGCAUCAACAAUUAAUACAGUUCCAAUUCGAUCGAGUGCACCAGAAAUUUUGCAAUCACCAAAUGAUAGACAAUUUUAUACGGAAAAAUCCGAUAUAUUCUCUAUGGGUGUUCUUAUGUGGGAAUGUUUGUCGAAAGGAGCAAUUCCAUGGGUUGAGAAAUCAGAUGAUGAAGUAAUCAGAAAUGUUCUUAAUGGUGAACGAUUAAAACGACCUAGGAAUGGUCAAUGUUCUGAUGAUUUAUGGGCAAUCAUUUCAAAAUGUAUGGCACAUCGUCCAGAAGACAGACCAACUUUUGUUCAACUUGAUCGAUUGAUUUCAAAUUUAUUUUCAAACAGAGUAUCGAUGUUUAGCAGAUAUGCACAAUAUGCUUUUUUACAACAUCAGAGAAAUGGUGACACAAAUUCAAAUAGUCGACCAUCUACCGCAAUUGCUGCCACUAGUUUUCAACCGUCACCUGCUACAGUUGCUUCCGUCGAUUCUCGACAAGCAACAGUGUCAGAAGAAAAAAUGGUUCUAGUAGAAGGUCCAUUAAUAAUACAAAACGACGGUCGAGCUGCGGGAUAUUUCAAUUGUCAGAACGAUUUUCUCGGGCUUGGCGGCUCAAAUCUUUAUUCAUCUGGCACCCAUCGUAUUAAAUUACAAUUCAUGGCAUGUGAAGGAAUUACACAGAUUGAAUUUUUUGGUAUCAUCAGUGACAGUCUGAAAUAUCAAGCUAGUAUGACACAUUGGACUGAGAUGGCUUGCACCUAUGGUUGUGGUACUCGUUUUAAGUGUGAAAAAGGUAAACGUUUCCCCAAAGCCGAAGAUCUACCAAUUCGUAAUGGAACUGUCAUCCAACUCGCGCUGGAUUGUAGUAAUCAUAAAAUUUGCUAUAAAAACGGUAACUCUUAUGUACAAGAAAUUCUUAUUGACACACAAGUAUGUCCAUUUCCAUGGAAAUGGCGUCUUCGAUUUUUCAGCAAAACAGGAUGUCUUCGAUUGACAUGA